CCCACUUCAACCCACGUUCAUUUCUUCAAACAUGGUUGCAGACCCGGCAGAAGGGCCCGAUGCCUUCAGCCGGGUGCUUCCACUUCCUUUCCGGCUGGAGUUCGAGGUGAUUCUGGGAUUCUGGCUCUGGGCACUAAAUCUUCACGGUUUCCACGUUCUAAACAUCGACAUCUUCACCCUGAUUCGGUACCCUGCUCGGCCCACAGAAAACGAGCCUCCGCUACACGUCUCCGCUUAUCGACUCGCUGGAUUCUUGACUGGUCUUUGGGUCGGAGCCAUUGUGAUAUUCUGGAUGUUGACAGGCACCGAUACGGAUCUGGUGGUCGCAUACGACUGGAUACCAAAUCUGCUGUUCUUUAUCAUGCUCGCGGCGUUCCUGCUGCCGAGAUAUCCCUUUCUGCGACCCAUCUUUGGGAGUAACAGCUCUCACGGCAUAUCGAGGCUCUUCUCUGGGCUGCGCAGAGUUGCAAUCGGAGGGAUUGCGAGUCAAAAGGGAGACAAGUUUGGCGACGUGCUUCUCGCGGACGCUCUUACAUCCUACUCCAAGCCAAUCUCGGAGAUCUUCGUUGUCUUGUGCUUGUUCCUCAAAGGUUCGGGCACGACGAAUAAGCCGGAUCGACUUUGUGGGCAUGAGUUCAUCGUUCCAUUGGCCAUCGCGUGGCCGUUCGCGAUACGUCUCAGGCAAUGUUUAAAGGAAGGGCAAUGGGCCAACGCUGCCAAGUACGCAACCGCAUUUCCAGUCAUCGCGCUGAGCUCGAUGACUCGCAAGAACCCGACGUGGAUCGUCUUCUGGAGACUGGCAGCGAUUGUCAACUCACUCUACAGCUUUUGGUGGGAUGUGUCCAUGGAUUGGGAUCUCACAUUCCUUUCACGAUACCGCCACAAAUCUCCUUACGGUCUACGCCAGCAGAGAGUGUUCCGCCAGCCGCUCAUCUACUACAUUGUCAUCGGAGUUGACAUCAUUCUACGCUUUGCCUGGUCGAUGAAGCUGUCGCUGCAUGUGGUGAAAUUGGAUGGUCUAGAAGGCGGAGUAUUCUUGCUUGAGAUCCUCGAACUACUACGGCGGUGGAUGUGGGUGUACUUCAGAGUCGAAACGGAGUAUGUACGAACGACUCCUGCUUCUAUGGUAGAUCUUUGAAACCGAGUCCAGAGCCUCCAUUCUUCCAGAAAUGACAUUCCUCUUGACUUCCC